CAACAGCUUUGGGACAUUUGCAGAACCAUCCGGCUGCAGGAUGUGGGGAAAGUGUGAAAUGCAACACUGCUGCCAGCUGCCCCAGUGCAGAGCCGGUGGCCGCUCUGUGGAGAGCAGCCGUGGUGUGCGGCUGCAUUCCGUGGAGGACAGGGUGGGCAAAAUGCUGUCGGGUGGUGCAGGGUCUCUCCCAUCCCACAGUGCCCUGUCAGCUGCUGGGGAAAAGGGGUUACGUUGGCUUGGCAUUGGUCAGCCAAAGCGGUGGGCUGGGGAUGAAGCACAUUGUUUUUAAUCUCCCAGCUCCUCCUGGGCUGCAGGGUGGAAGCUGGUUCAACCCUUGGGGCAUCACCUUGUUUGGUGGCACCAUAUGAAGGAAUCUCGUCAGAAGGUCUCCCAGGAGCCUCCAGAUCACCCAAGAGUGGAGUACUGCCACAGUUAUGAAAACUCCGCUUGCUGAGCCCUCGCCGAGACCUCGCUGCUCAUUUGCCUGAGGUUCAGCUUUCCCCAGAUGCAAAUGCCGUCAGCUCCGGUUCCAUCAAGAGUGCUGCUGCUGAGAUGGAGACCCCACUCCUUGGUCUCUCCCUGCUUCUGGUCCUCCUGGCAGUGGGACGGGGAAGCGGGGUGGUUGCAGCCUGGGCAACAUCUCUCGGCAGCUGUGAGCUCGUGCAGAGUACUGCAGACUGCACCAGGAGAUGGCUGAGCUCCGUUCCAGGGAAUCUUCAAGGUGAUACCGAGGAGCUGUUGCUUGAUGUCAACACUAUCCAGGUUCUGGGCAAUGCCUCUUUGCUCUCAUAUCACCAGCUGCGGCAUCUCAGCUUGACCAAGAACCGGCUGGAGCUCAUUGAGCCUGGCACCUUCCUCAGCAGCCAAGGCCUCCAUGUGCUCUCCUUGGCAGACAACCUCCUCUUCACCAACUACUCACUCACAGCAGCUGCUCUUUCUACUCUGCCAGCCUUGAGGACGCUGGACCUAGCUGGAAAUCGCCUCACUGAGAAUAUGAUAUCAGUUUUGGUCUGGAACCUGUCUUCCUUGGAGUCCUUGUCUGUGGCCAGGAACAUCAUCAUGAGGCUGGACUCAUCUGUCUUCAUGAACCUGACACAGCUGUUGGAGCUGAACCUAGAGAAGAACUACAUCUUUGAGAUAGACCAAGCUUUUGAAGGGCUGCAGAGGUUGCAGAGGCUCAACGUAGCUUACAACUACCUCCCAUGUGUUGUGGAGUUUGGUCUGACCCAGCUCCGGGUGCUCAACGUCAGCAACAACAUCAUUGAGUGGUUUCUGGCCCUGGAAACUGAUGACUUCUUUGAGCUGGAGGUGCUGGACCUGUCCCACAACCACCUUCUCUUCUUCCCUGUGCUGCCCCGGCAGAGCAAGCUGCACUCCCUGCUGCUGAAGGACAAUGAGAUGAGCUUCUACCAGCGCCUCCCCAAUGGCACAUCCCUGGCGGAUGUCACGGUGCAGUUCCUGCUCAUUGACGGCAACUCCACCAAUGUCACGACAGUCAGCCUCUGGGAUGAGAUCUGCCACAGCAACCUCUCCUCCCUCCGCUUCCUGGACAUGAGCCAGAACCAGGUCUGGUACCUGCCAGAGGGCUUCCUGGCCCAGAUGCCCUCCCUGACCCACCUGAAGCUCAACCAGAACUGCCUGGAGACAUUUCACCUGUCAGAGGGGAACCCCUUAGCCAUGCUGACAGAGCUGGAUCUCAGCCAGAACCAGCUGGUGGAGCUGGGGGUGGAGGUGGAUGCCGGGGAUGUCCUGCCCAACCUGCAGCUCUUUAACCUCAGCACCAACAGGCUACAGGCUUUUCCUCCUGGGGUUUUUACUUACACCAGGAAGAUUGCUACUGUGGACCUCAGCCGCAACCGGGUCGACCUCUGUCCCCAGCCAGCUGUCACAGGCAAGACAGAGAGUCCCCCCUGCGUGGACUUCAGGGGUGUCAAGACCUUGACUCAUCUCUCCUUGGCUGGCUGUGGCCUGCAGGGACUGGGCGGUCACCCCUUCCAGGGAACAUCACUGAUGCAUUUGGACCUCUCCGACAACCAUCAGGUGCUGUCUGGGGACCUGGGGUGGCUGCAGGACCUUGCUCUGACACUGCAGGAGUUGUCUCUGAGGAACACCAGCCUGUCCUCCACUGCUGUGGACUUCUCUGCCUUUAACGGCCUCAUGUGCUUGGAUCUGUCAAAGAAUUCCUUGACCAUCUUCCCCACCUCACUGGGUGCCCUGAAACUGCGCAGCCUGGACCUACGGGACAACUGCCUCCCGGCUCUCCCGCCAGACAUCGUGCGGAUGCCACUGAGUGAGAGCCUGCGGGAGGUCUACCUCAGCCGAAACCCCUACAACUGCUGCACGCUGGGUUGGUGGGAUGCCCUGCAGCGGGUUGAGGGGCUGCAAGUCCCCGAUGGGCAGGAGGUGACCUGCAGCUAUGCCUCCCGCACACUGAACCCCAGGGCGCUGCCCGAGCCUGUUCUGCAGAGCUGCCGCUGGCAAACAGCUGACCUGGCGCUCCUCUACCUGGUGCUGGCUCUGCCCACCUGCCUGACACUCCUGGUGGCCUUUGCUCUCAUGUUCCUCAUGCUAAAGCAAAAGCUGCUGAAAAUGGUGAAAAGCCGGUGCGGGGUGUCCAGCUCUUACUGAUUGCUGAGAAGGGGCUCAGGAACAGUGAAUGUGAACAGGUUGUCAGGAUCACACGUGAUAAUCCCUCUGAGGUUGCUGAGAUGGAGACUUGUGGGAUUGGAGGACCAGGGGGUGAUGGGACAGCUGCUGUGCUAUGGAUGUCCAAAGGGUAUCCUGAAGGGUGCAGGGCCAUGGCUGGUGCUGGAGCCUGGGGCCGUGCUGGGCAUCAUCAUGGGACACAUCUUCAGCAGAAACUUUCAGCUGAUGUUGGUGAGAGCCAAGCAGACGUGACACUGAAUGCCUCUUGGCCAAAGGGGCACGGACAGUUGCACCCAGUGCUGUUUUAUGCCCCCACUCAGGCAGUUCCUUCUUAUUUAUUCACCCCUGUAGCCAAGUCUCUGCUGCAGAACAUCCUCCAGCUCUGCAGCCAGGCUCCACAGAUUGCCCUGGGCUGGUGCAAGCAUUGCCUGGGUGCUGCAGAGAAGGUCUCCAUGGCUGCAGCUUCCCAUGCCGCUCUUGCCGGCACUGGUAAACUUGCAGGCAGCUCUGGGUGUGCACCCGUGUGUGUGUGUGCUGAUAAGACCGGUGUUGUCAGCAGGGCUGAAAAACACAUUUUGGAGUGUCAUUGCAUGUUUAAGUAGUGAUCCUGGCUAAAACAGCCCAUUAAAAAUAGCCUAAGUUGCAAUGAUGUAAAAUAUUGACUAAAAGACAGGAGAAUAAAUUAAAUCAGCAGUAAUAUUUUAUCAUCAAUUUCUUUUCCUCCAGCAACUGCUGGAUUAAACAGAUGCA